AUGAAGCAUACAAGACCUAUAUUUGACGAAGAACCAGCAAUAAAAAUUACUCGUUGUGGAAAUUCUUCUAUUUGUUCUCAAAGAAACGGAAAAAUAAUGCCGGCAUCUGAAAAUAAUCAGAAUAAUUCAAAUCAGACAGGAGGAAAUGCAAAUGGUCCAAACUCUGCUGACAAUUCUGUGGACACAAAUCUUUAUUCGCGUCAAAUUUAUGCAUUGGGCGAAUCUGCCAUGACUCAUUUACGCAAGGCUUCGGUUUUGAUUAGUGGUAUUGGAUCCGUGGGUCUUGAAAUUGCCAAAAAUGUUAUCCUUGGUGGCGUUCGUCACGUAACUCUACAUGACCAAAAACUUUUGACUUUUGGGGAUUUAUCAGCAUGCUUUUAUGCUGACGAGUCAAUGGUGGGUGAGAAUCGUGCCAAAAUCGCUUUCACAAAGUUGGCCGAAUUGAAUGAUACCGUCACUUGCGUUCUUCACACAGAAGCAUUGAAUGAGGAAUUUGUGAAACAGUUUGAUUUAGUUAUCGUUACUGAUUCAUCUUGGGAAGAGCAAAUUAAAAUUAACAACUGGAUGCGGAAACAUGGAAAGCUGUUCAUUUCUGCUGAUGCCAGAGGUCUUUUUUCCUAUGCUUUUGUUGAUCUUGGUGAGAAAUUUGCUGUGCAUGAUGUUGAUGGUGAAACUUAUAAUGAAGUAUUACUCGAGCAUGUUAAUUGUGAGACUGGUGAAAUAUUUACUCUUGACAAGGCUUAUCACGGAUUGGAAGAUGGAGAUCAUAUUGUUUUUGAGGAUUUUGAGAUCGCAGAACUUAAUAAAUUGACACCAACACCAGUAAAGACAACUGCAAAAGGUCAUAUAAUCAAUGUCGGCAAAGCUCUUUCGGUCUUCUCAUCAGUCAUUGAUGGCCCAAUCUCUCGUGGAAGGGCUCGUAAAGUUAAGAUGCCGAAAUUUAUUGAGUUUAAAUCUCUUGUCGAAGCACUAAAGUCCCCAGAAUUUAUGAUUUGGGAUUUUGCUAAAUUUGAUGGUCCAGAACAUUUCCAUCGCCUUUGGCAAGCACUCUACAAAUUUGAGAAAAAGCACAAACGUUCACCAAAACCCCGUUCCAAAAAGGAUGCAGAAUUGUUUAAAGCUGAACUUGAAGGGACUGGAACUGCUGAGAUACCUGAACAAUUGAUGCUCAAUUUUUCUUAUCAGGCUACUGGAAAUCUUCAACCUGUCGCUUCUGUUAUUGGUGGAUUUGUUGCUCAAGAGGCAUUUAAAGCUGUCACUCAUCACACAACACCUUUAAAACAAUUUUUAUAUACAGACUCGUGUGAAGCACUUCCUGGUGAUUACUCAAGCUUUGAUGCUGGUAAAUUGACUGAAAAGGAUUGCGAACCGCGCCAAACUCGUUAUGACGGUCAAGCAGCUGUUUUUGGAUGGGCAUUCCAAGCAGCAUUAUCUAAACAAAAUUGGUUUAUUGUUGGCGCAGGGGCUAUUGGUUGUGAACUUUUUAAAAAUAUGGCUAUGAUGGGAUUGGCAGCGGGUAAUGGUGGUCUACUUAAAGUCACAGAUCCAGAUACUAUUGAAGUUUCUAACUUGAAUAGACAAUUCCUAUUUCGUCGACCUGAUGUUGGGAAAAAGAAAUCUGAAGUUGCUGCUCGUUCUAUCAAGCAAUUCAACCCAGCAGUUAACGUCCAAGCUCUUUCUGACAUUGUUUCUGAGGCAACAGAGAGUGUUUUCAACGAUGACUUUUUCAAUCAAUUAAAUGGUGUUUGUAAUGCUUUGGAUAAUGUUGAAGCUCGUCGCUAUGUUGAUCGUCGUUGCGUUUAUUAUCAGCUCCCAUUGCUUGAAUCUGGAACAAUGGGAGCAAAAGGAAAUACUCAAGUGGUUUUCCCACACUUAACUGAAUCAUACGGUUCAACUUCUGAUCCGCCCGAGUCAGAAACACCUGUUUGUACACUCAAGAAUUUCCCAUAUCAAAUUCAGCAUACGAUUCAAUGGGCUCGAUCGAAAUUUGCUGAUCAUUUUACCUCUGUUGCAGAAACAGCCAAUCAAUAUUUGGAUGAUGUAAAUGGUUUUCUUGGCCGUCUUCAACAAAUGACCAUCGAAUUACUGCGUGCAUUAAAUAAAGCUUUAAUUGAUGAAUGCCCAAGCAGUGCUGAAGAUUGUGUCAAAUGGGCACGUGAUUUGUUUGAUUCGCUUUAUAGAAAUGAGAUUAUGCAACUUUUGCACAAUUUUCCUCCUGAUCAGGUUACUUCUCAAGGACAAAAGUUUUGGUCAGGAACUAAACGUUGUCCCCAUCCAUUGAAAUUUGACGUUGACAAUCCCGAACAUUUGGAAUUUGUUUAUUCAGCGGCUUUUCUACGAGCACAACUUUAUAAUAUUGAACCAAUCAGUGACCCUAUCAAAGUUGCUCAUCUUGCUCGCGCCAUCAUAUCACCAGAAUUCAAACCGAGAGAAGGCAUUAAGAUUGCAGUUACCGAUGCAGAGGCUGCUGCUAACGAUGAGGCUGGCCCUGAAGGAGAUGACAGUGAAAAGCUUCUUGAUACUUUAAAUAUGAAUUUGGCUCGUUUAAAAAUUGACAGUAUUCGCCGUUUAACUCCAAUCGAUUUUGAGAAGGAUGAUGACACAAAUCAUCAUAUUGACUUUAUUACUGCAGCUUCAAAUUUACGUGCAGAAAAUUAUACGAUUGAGAAGGCUGAUAGAAUGAAGACAAAACAAAUUGCUGGUAAAAUUAUUCCUGCAUUGGCUACAACGACUUCAGUUGUUGCUGGACUUGUUUGUAUAGAACUUUAUAAGGUUGAAGGCCAACGUUCAAAGGCACCUAUUGAACGUUUUAAAAAUGCUUUUCUUAACUUAGCAACUCCAUUUAUUGCUUUCAGUGAACCUGGAAAAGCAGCAAAAAAGAAGUAUCGUGAUAUUGAAUUUACUCUUUGGGAUAGAUUGGAAGUAAAUGGUCCUAAAACACUUGGACAGUUUAUUGAAUGGAUUGAGACACAAACUGGAUUAACUGUCUCAAUGAUGUCUUCUGGUGUUUCGCUUCUUUAUGCUUUUUUCCAGCCACCUGGCAAAGUUGCUGAACGUAAAACCAGAGAUGUUAUUCAAGUGGUGGAGGAAGUGUCUCGCAACAAAGUUCCUCCAUUCCGUCGUUCACUUGUAUUUGAGGCAAUUACUCAAAAUGAUAAGGAUGAGGAUGUUGAGAUUCCUUAUGUCAAAUAUAAUUUUCGUUAA